AUGGAAUCCGAGUUAGUACUGCACAAUGGCGGUUGCCACUGUAAGAAUGUAAGAUGGAAAGUCCAAGCACCUGCUAGUGUUAUUGCUUGGAAAUGCAACUGUUCUGACUGCUCCAUGAGAGGGAACGUUCACUUUGUUGUCCCGCGUCAAAGGUUCGAGCUUUUGGGUGAUUCGGAUCAGUUCAUUACUACAUACACUUUUGGAACUCACACCGCAAAACAUACAUUCUGUAAGGUUUGUGGAAUAACUUCAUUCUAUACACCACGGUCAAACCCCGAUGGCAUUGCUGUGACACUCGCGUGUUUAGACCCUGGGACACUUUCCCAUGUCGAGAUUCGGCAUGCUGAUGGCAAGAAUUGGGAGGACUUCUUCCAUCGGAGCGGCAUUGCUUUACAAUCCAAAAUCCAUUCCGCUCAGUAGCUGGGAGUAUACCCCAACUCUGGUGGGGUUAUCAAUGGCUCCUCUCAAGAGAGUAUUGCAUUAAUUUGAUUAUCUUUUCGAAAUGCAGUUUAUUAGGUUAUAGUCUAAAACUGCUUGUGCAUUGAGGUAUCAUGGAACUGGAUGCUAUAUAUAUGGUACCUGUGUGUCUCUAUGUGUGUAUGUAUAUAUACAUAUAUAUGUAAUUUCUAACUUUUGUUCCCAAGUUUGUAGCCAUGAAAAGUUUGGAUGUAAUUGGAGUUUGCUAUGAAUAAACCCUAUGUUAUGCUUUACUUUAUA